GUGACCUUCGACAUCAAUAAAUCCUUUGGUUUAUAAAGAAUCUAUCUCUCUUGAGUUCAGCAUCAUUUUCCCUUGGAUGUAAAGGAGAGGCAAGAUGGGGAAAAAGCGAUGGACCACUACAGAAAUCAUCCUUUUGAUUCUGUUCAUCCUGAUGACCAUAUUGGCCGUCACUAUGAUUGCUCUUUUUGUCACCAAAGAACCUGGUGUCAUUACAGAGGAAAAACCAAAUGGAUUCAUUCCUCAGUGUCCCAACAUUCCUAUGGCUGAAAGAGUCGACUGUUAUCCUGAUGCUGGAGCCUCAAAGACGGGAUGUGAGCAGCGCGGUUGUUGCUGGAGUCCUCUGGAUGAGCGAAAUGUUCCCUGGUGUUUCUUCCCCACCAACCAUGGAUACACAGUGCACUCACUACACACCCCAAUGCCUACUGUGUUUCAUGCGGAAAUGAAGAGAAUGGCCUCUCCGUCCUUGUUCGGUGGAGACAUACAGGAGCUGACACUCCAUGCAGAGAUGCAGACAAACAAUCGGCUUCAUUUUAAGAUCUACGAUACCAAAAACCAGAGAUUCGAGGUCCCUCAUGAGCACAUUCCUAAAGUCACAAACAGCGCCGCCAGUCCUAUCAGCGACACACUCGAGAUCAGAAACAACCCCUUUGGCCUGAUUGUGCGCAGAAAGGAGAACAAGAAAGUCCUGUUUGACACCACAGUGGCUCCACUUGUUUUUGCGGACCAGUACCUACAGCUGUCUGCUAAGCUCCCAUCUCACAACAUCUAUGGCCUGGGUGAGCAUGUACAUCAAAGAUAUCGCCAUGACACGAACUGGAGAACUUGGCCCAUUUUCACCAGAGAUGCAUUCCCUAAUGGGGGAACACACAACCUCUAUGGACACUAUCCCUUCUUCCUCUGUCUGGAAGAUGAGAGUGGAAAGUCAUUCGGGGUCUUUCUGCUCAACAGCAAUGCUAUGGAGGUGACUUUGCAGCCUGCCCCAGCAGUGACCUACAGGACCAUCGGCGGAAUCCUUGACUUCUACAUUUUGUUUGGCGACACACCAGAAGACGUGGUGCAUGAGUUCCUUGAGCUCAUUGGCAUGCCUGUCAUUCCUGCCUAUUGGUCCCUGGGCUUCCAGCUUUCACGGUGGAACUACGGCAGCCUCGAUGAAGUUAAGGCCACAGUGGAGCGGAAUCGUGCCAUUGAUCUUCCAUAUGACAUUCAAUACACAGACAUAGACUACAUGGAAGAUAAGAAAGACUUUACCUAUGACAAAGUGAAGUUCACAGGCCUUCCUGGGUUUGCUGACUACCUCCAUGAGAAGGGGCAGAAGUACAUCCUCAUCCUGGACCCUGCAAUAGCCACCAGCAAAAGGGCGGGGGAUGCUCCGUAUGAAUCGUAUGACCGUGGUACUGCAAUGGGUGCUUGGGUCUAUGAAUCAGACGGAAAAACUCCACUUCUAGGAGAGGUUUGGCCAGGGGAGACAGUUUUUCCGGACUACACCAGCCCGAAAUGCAUUGAGUGGUGGAUAAAGGAAUAUGUCGAGUUCUCCAAGGAGAUCAAACAUGAUGCCCUCUGGAUUGAUAUGAAUGAAGUGGCUAACUUCAAGAAAGGAUCAAACAAAGGCUGUGCUGACAACAACCUCAACUACCCUCCCUACACACCAAAGAUUCUGGAUGAGGUGAUGUACAGUAAGACCCUCUGCAUGGAUGCCAAGCAAGAGUGGGGGAACCACUAUGAUGUCCACAGUUUGUAUGGCUACUCUAUGGUGCUGGCCACUGAACAAGCUCUGAAGCAAGUGUUCGGGUCAAACCGUACCCUGAUGCUGACACGCUCAUCCUUCCCAGGUGUAGGAAAAUAUUCAGGACAUUGGCUGGGUGACAAUGGUGCUAACUGGAAUGACAUAAAAUGGGCUAUUCCUGGCAUGUUGGAGUUUGGGCUUUUUGGAAUUCCCUACAUCGGAGCUGACAUCUGUGGAUUCUUUGACGAUUCAAGUGAAGAGCUGUGCCGUCGCUGGAUGCAAGUUGGAGCUUUCUAUCCUUUCAGUCGGAACCACAAUGCUGAGGGCUACAAGCCCCAGGAUCCUGCUUUUUACGGUGCCAACUCAGAGCUGGUGAAGAGCUCCAGACAUUACCUGAAGAUACGUUACACUCUCCUGCCUUACCUCUACACCCUCUUCUACAAAGCCCACACCACAGGGGAGACUGUUGUUCGUCCUCUUGUGCACGAGUUCUACAAUGACCAAGCCACCUGGGAUGUGGAUCGCCAGUUUCUUUGGGGAAAACACCUGCUCAUCACACCUGUGCUUGAUCCGGGUGUGGAGAGAGUCUCGGCAUAUAUUCCAGAUGCUGUGUGGUACAACUAUGAAACGAUGGAGCGGGUGGGAGACCGGAAAACUCAUGUUGAAAUGUAUCUACCUGCUGACAAGCUUGGCUUGCACAUCAGAGGAGGCGCUAUUCUUCCUACGCAGGAACCUGAAGUCACCACAACACACAGUCGCCGUAACCCAAUGGGUCUGAUUGUUGCUCUUGAUGACAGCAAUCAAGCAGCUGGGGAGUUAUUCUGGGAUGAUGGAGAUUCCCGAGAUACUGUUGAAAAUGGCAUUUACACCCACUACCAGUUCUCUUUUGCCAAUGGACGCCUGAAUUUACAGGCGACCAAGGUGGGCUACAAGGAUCCAAAUAAUCUUAAAUUUGAGAACAUCACUGUCAUGGGAGUGACUAAUCGUCCCACGUCGGUCAGUGUGACUCAAUUGCCCUCUGGUUCAAGUAUACAACUUCCAAGCUCCAAAUUUCACUAUGAUGGAGUCAAACAGGUGCUUUUCCUGUUCAACCUGGACCUGAGCCUGGGAGAAAGCUACACAGUUGAGAUAAUGCACACCGAAGAAUUUAAUCGUUUUGACUGCCAUCCAGAGGACGAUGCAACUGAAGACAAGUGCAAGGCCAGGGGCUGCCUGUGGAAAGAAAGUAACAUUGAUGGUGUACCUUCGUGUUACUAUCCAAGUGACUACGGUUACACUGUUACAUCAACCAGUGAAACCAGUACUGGUAUGAUACUUGAUAUCACUCGGAACAUGAAGUACAGGAGCAGUGGUCGUCCAGACUCGCCAGACGUGAACAGCCUCCGUGUCGAGAUUUGGUAUCAUACCAGCGACAUGCUCCAGUUCAAGAUUUGGGACCCAACAACAGAUCGCUUUGAAGUGCCAGUGCCACUGUCGGUUCCUUCAACUCCUGAGGCGGAUGAAAACAAAAGACUGUAUAAAGUCUCAGUGACUCAAAACCCGUUCGGCAUCCAGGUUGUAAGAAAGAGCACAGGAACCAAGAUCUGGGACUCUGCUGUACCAGGUUUUACCUUCUCAGACAUGUUUAUCCAAGUGUCGACUCUACUGUCAUCAAAUUUUGUCUAUGGUUUUGGAGAAACUGAGCAUACCACCUAUAAGCAUGAUCUGAACUAUCAUACCUGGGGGAUGUUCUCCAAGGACCAGCCUCCUGGUUACAAGAUGAAUUGUUAUGGAGUGCAUCCCUUCUACAUGGGCCUUGAGGACACUGCUGAUGCUCAUGGAGUGCUGUUGCUGAACAGUAAUGCAAUGGAUGUGACUUUCCAGCCAACUCCGGCUUUGACUUACCGCACAGUUGGAGGCAUUUUGGAUUUCUACAUGGUCCUGGGACCAACACCUGAGAUGGUUGUGCAGGAAUACACCACACUAAUUGGACGACCUGUUCUACCUGCCUACUGGUCCCUUGGGUUUCAGCUGUGUCGCUAUGGUUAUGCCAAUGACUCAGAAAUAGCAGAGCUGUACAGUGACAUGAAGGCAGCUGGUAUUCCCUAUGACGUGCAAUACGCAGACAUCGAUUAUAUGGAACGUCAGCUAGACUUUGUUUUGGACCCAGAGUUUGAAACACUGCCACAACUGGUGGAUAAAAUGAGAGGAGAAGGCAUGAGGUUCAUCUUUAUUCUGGACCCAGCCAUUGCAGGCAAUGAAACAAAAGAUUACCCUGCUUUCAGGAGAGGAAAAGAAGCUGAUGUCUUCAUCAAAUGGCCCAGUCAUCUGAGCAACGAAAUUGUGUGGGGGAAGGUCUGGCCUGAUUUUCCAAAUGUCACAGUUGAUGAAAGUCUUGACUGGGACACCCAAGUUGAGCUCUUCAGAGCAUACGCCGCAUUCCCAGACUUCUUCCGUACUCAAACCGCAGCAUGGUGGAAACAAGAAAUCAAAGACUUCUAUAACAAGAUGAAGUUUGAUGGUCUUUGGAUUGACAUGAAUGAACCUGCAAGUUUUGUCCAUGGCACAGUUGGUGGUAACUGUCUUGGUAAUCCCCUCCUAGAAAACCCUCCAUAUAUGCCAGCCCUGGAAUCCAAACAUAUGGGCUUAAAACACAAGACUCUGUGCAUGAACAGUGAGCAGAUACUUAGCAAUGGAAAGAAAGUCAAGCACUAUGACGUCCACAACCUCUAUGGAUGGUCUCACACCAAGCCUACCUAUGAUGCUUUGCUGGAAGUCACUGGUAAGAGAGGAAUAGUUGUGACUCGAUCAACAUAUCCUACUAGUGGGAAGUGGGCAGGACAUUGGCUUGGAGACAAUAACUCUAGCUGGGAUCAGCUGUUUAAAUCCAUCAUAGGCAUGAUGGAAUUCAGUCUGUUUGGCAUUUCUUAUACUGGUGCAGACAUAUGUGGGUUCUUUAACGAAGCUGAGUACGAGAUGUGUCUUCGUUGGAUGCAGCUGGGUGCUUUCUAUCCUUACUCACGUAACCACAACGGCAAGGGCACCCCGAGACAAGACCCUGUUGCCUGGGAUGACAAAUUCGCCGAGGCGUCCCGAGAUGUUUUGAAUAUCCGUUACACCCUCCUGCCUUACCUUUACCUGCUGAUGUUUGAGGCUCACACCAAAGGAAGCACAGUUGUCAGACCACUACUGCAUGAGUUUGUAAAAGACAAAGCUACAUGGGACAUCCACAGACAGUUCCUCUGGGGACCUGCCCUCCUUAUCACCCCUGCUCUAGACAAAGGAGUUACAAAGGUAAACGGCUAUCUUCCAGACGCACGCUGGUAUGACUACCACACAGCCAGGGAUGUUGGUAAGCGUGCCACAACACUCUCCAUGGACACACCACUGGAGCACAUUAACCUCCAUGUCAGAGGCGGAUACAUCCUACCCUGGCAGAAACCAGAGAACAACACGUUUUACAGUCGGAGGAACCCUAUGGGACUCAUCGUUGCCCUGAGUGACUCUGGAACUGCUGAAGGAUCUGUCUUCUGGGAUGACGGCGAAGGAAUAGACACUGUUGCAAAAAACCAAUAUCUGCUAACCUCCCUUAAGGCAGAAGGGAAAAUGUUGUCUAGUCAGGUUGUUCACAACGCUCUAUCACCUCCUGAUCAUCUGAUCCUGGGAAUCGUGAAGGUUUGGGGGGCAGGCACCGUCAAGAUCACCGAGGCGACCCUGACAGACAGUAGUGGCGUGACACAUUCGCUAAAUGUGGUGCACAACACCUCCACUGAGGAGCUGCAUAUUGAUGCUACCUCAAAGGCUGUUCCUCUGCACCAUCCUUUCAGCAUCACAUGGAAGACUGGCUGAGAGAAACCAUCAGUUUUUUUGCUAUUUAAUUAUUGAUCCAAUUAACCAGAUUUUAACAUCAAGCCUUAAUUUAUUGUAUUUGUGUCAUUUUUUUUAAACAUGUUUUUUUUUAAUUCAUGUGCCUUAAAAUGAAAUGCUAAGAAACUUAAGAAAAUAUGUGAUGACUGAAACUUGAAAUAAUGUACAAACUGCAAUUUUUUCUUUAACUUUUUUUUCUUAAUAGUGUAAUAUUAAUAAAAACGAUUGGUCUAAGUAUGUUGAAGUGAAAAAAGAAAGCAUUUUUUUGAUAUUCAUACAGUCAAAAUGUCUCCAACAAAAUUAUUUUUGUCAUUUAUAUAACAAUGUCACUGCACAUUCAUCUUUUCAAUCAGGAGGGAAGGAAGGAAGGAAGGAAAGAAGAAAGUCUUAAGAAACAUUUAGCCCUUGCAUGAACUUUUCAUGCAGUAACAUAUUAAGAAAGUAAAGUCAUAAACGCUCAAAUAGCAUCUCCUGCUUUUUAAUAUGCUUCUAUACAUGUCUUUAUUCUCUGCACAAAUGAUGAGGUCUAAAACUUCACACAAUAGUUAAUUUAUGUCUUACUUUUUGUGGAUCAGUACAUUUUUAGAGCCAUUUUUAUGGACACUGUCUUGCCAGACAAUAUGGUUUUAAAUGAGUUGCAGUAAAAAAUGCGUCUUUGUCACCAGAAUGACUGCAAGACGCAAGUCAGUCACAGAUGAAGAAGGAAACAAAAACAUAGAGCAACAUGACAGUGAUAGUGAAAAACACAACAUCUGAAGGUUGUUAGACAUGAAAGGUGUGUGGGAUGGAACGUGUGCUCUAAAUAUGUUUUUGGUAUGCUUUUGUAUACUUAUGUGAAUCAGUUAUUGAAUGUCAUUGUGCUUUGUGUCUUUUGAUAGACAUUGAGGGGGGGUCAGAGUGAAGUGAUUACCAAAACUGAAAGAUAAUGAAAGCACAAAUGGUUCAUCUGCAUGCUGGUUGAUGCUUCAGCCAUUACUUCUGUAAUAAAAGCAUUUGCUUAUGUGAAA